AUGUACAGCUACAUCUUUAGGACAGCUCGGGUUAAUAUAUGUCGUCAGAGGCUCAACACGCCAAUCGCUGGGCAGCGGGGGCGUCUCAAAUAUCGAAAAAUCUCCCACAAGGGAUACCAUCCCCAACAAAGACCACGGGCGAUUUCAAAGCGCCGGCACCUCGUUUGCCCGAAUGUGCGGUGCGGCGCGUAUCGGUGUUCCUCUGGUUUAACUAGCCUGUUUGAAAGUGCAGUUCAUUCUGGGAAGUACAACCGAAACCAGUCCUCCCCCAUCCCCAUUCCCUCUCUCCCUGGGGGGUCUUCGCUUUUGGAGUCUACAUCUGCCUGUGAUUCCAAGAAAGACAAACUUCAGACUGGCCAAGCCUCCGGAAGAUCACGCGGACAGCGAUGGGUGCCAGCUAGGCACCAGGUGUGCCCUCCCCGCGCCGCCAUCCACCCGCGGCGCCUCCUUUCACCUCUUCGCGUCGGAGGGCAGCCCCCAGCCUCGGUGCCCCCCAGCUGCGCGAAAACGCUGCUCGGCAGAGAUUCCGAGGUUCUCAGCCCUCCCAGGACCGUGGGCGCGGGAGAGAAAGGUGCGGGGCUCGGGCCGCGGCCCGGGUGUGUUGGGAGUAGGGAACAAGGCCAGGAUCUAGGCCACCGGCUCCCCAAACUACUGGUAUGGCUGCUGGGGUGCCCCUUCCAUCCUGUUAAAUUCUCAUUUUCACCCCCCACCCCACUCUCGGUUCCCCGCCGCUUAGGCCCGGGGAGGUCACCGCUCCCGGGCGAGAUAACCCCUAGCUCGUCUCCGAGGCGGUUUCGCCCGAGGCGGGCAGGAAGGGGUUAACCGCGUUCCCUACCCCCCACACUCCCGUCGCGUCACCAGAGCCGGGCGAAGGCCGCCGCUUCCCUCCUGAGGUCUCAUUAGGGAAACCCUCACCGCUAUUUUCAACAUUUCCUCAAUCAAGUGCCUUUAAAUAGAGCUGCACAAACAAAUUGGCGGCAAAAGCGUAGAUCUUGUCACGAUUGGGACCAAUCCAAUAUUUCAGCCUUGUUUGCUUUGCAAUUACGGGUUGGCUUGUGGCUGCGGUGCCACCAGGGCAAUUCUGCAGUCGUCCGCUUUCUCCUCUGCACCCUCGGAGGGUGAAGGAGGCAACCCGCAGAGCCACUGUA